AUGGAUUCUAAUCCUUCCACUGGAACUAGCAAGUUUGUUGAACUACUUAAUAGUCAACAAACAGUUUCCUUUGGUAACUUUGAAGAUAGUGUUGAACUAUCUUCAUCACAAGUUCCAUUACGAGGAAGUGUAGCAAACGAAGCUUCAAACUUUGCUGGAGACAGUGGUGCAGAGCGUUGCCAACGACGGGCAUGGACACCAACGGAUGAUGUUGUCCUGAUCAGCUCGUGGUUAAACACGAGCAAGGAUCCUGUGGUUGGCAACGAGCAAAAGUCCACGGGUUUUUGGAAAAAGAUUGCUGCUUAUUUCGCGGCAAGUCCUCUGGUUGCUGGCGGCAGAGAGAGAGAGGCAGGACACUGCAAGCAACGAUGGCAUAGGAUCAAUGACCUCGUCUCCAAGUUCUGUGGAGCUUAUGAAGCGGCUACUAGAGAAAAAACUAGUGGCCAAAAUGAGAACGAUGUUUUGAAGCUUGCUCAUCAGAUAUUCUACAACAACUACAACAAGAGGUUUACACUUGAACACGCUUGGAAGGAAUUGAGGCACGACCAGAAGUGGUGCGAGUUGGCCACUGCUAAAAACGGAGAGACCAUGAAGAAGAGGAAGGGUAAGGAGGGUGGAGAGACUGAGAGUUCUCAAGCGACCGAGAACAAGCGUCCCAUUGGUGUGAAGGCCGCAAAGAAAGCUUCUCACAAGCCGGUGGUAGAUGAUAGUAGACUGAGUCUGCUUGGGAGUCUCAUGGACAAAAAGGAACGGUUGUCUAAGAUGAGUCUGCUUGAGAGUCUCAUUGAAAAAAAGGAACCCCUAGCGGAGUAUGAAGAAUGCCUCAAGAAGCAGCUCAUAAAUGAGUUGUUCUAA